AUGGGUCAGGCAUUUCGUCGAGCAACUGGAAGGAUUGGAAUUGAAGAGGAUGCAUCAAGAGUAAAAGCAGAAAAUGUCCUUGAGGAUCGAGACCCGCAAUAUGAUUCCAUGCUCAAUCAAAUGGUGGGUAGAAUUCAAGCAAAGCCUGGAGGGAAGCUUGAGAUGGGCGAGGCCUCGGUGGUGGAGAGUUACAAAAGGCCUUUGCCAAAACUACGGAAUACAAAACCAGAAUCCAGCAGGUACGAGGACUGGUCUGCGCCUCCUGGAACACUUAAGAUAGCACAGCUACGCCAAAUCAUUCUCUUGCACGAGGGCAAGUCAGAUGAACAUGAUGGUCCCAUGGAUGCUGGCCAAAUUGCCGAACGGUUCCGGAUCGACGUAGCACAGGUUCAAAAUAUCCUCCAGUUUGUAUCUCUUCCUCCAGAGGAUGACAGUAAAAAGAAAAAUGAUCAAGGAUGAUCACUUUUUGUUCUAAGAACUUCAUUUAUGAUGUUUUUGAAGAACUUUUUGUAUGAGGCAUAGAUCUUCUAGAAGUGAUGAGAACUGCAAAUUGUACCAGGUGAGUGUUUAGUGUUACUUGAGAGUGAUUUUUUUACAGAAUUUUGUAAUAUUAUAGUACUUACCCUUAUAUUCUUGCUUGUUGGAAAUAAUACUGUCAAAAUAUGUUGGAAGAAAAUGCAUUUUGACUUGGAACUUAA